AUGACUCAACUCUGGGCCAGGCCUUCCUGAGAUCUUCCUGCGGGGCGGGGUGGGGAGUGGGGGUGCUGGCAGCACAUUCCCCGUGGCUGCCCUCGGGUGACCCCUUGAAGGCGGGCCGCUGUGGUGUGACUGACUGGAUGCAGGCGCCCCUCAGCUCUGCAGGCAGAGGCUCCUCAGGCUCUGGCUCCCAGGAGCUCCCUCAUGGGACGAGCCUCUGUGUGCCCAGACCUCUUCUGGUUCUGGGGUUCCCACUCAGCCUCCACAUGUGGUCGGCACAUGCUCUCACGUGGUGUGUCCUCUGAGGGGGCGGCCAUACCCCCCAGCCCCGCCUGUCUCCCCUCACUCGUUUACUCCCGGGGACAGAGGCAGACAGGCUGCAGGGCUAGCUGUGGGUUCACAUGGAUGGUUCCCAGGACCGUGACCAAUCACAGCUUGGCGAUCCUGCUGUCCCCCGCCUGCGGGUGAGCACCAGAUGGGGAGUCGUGAGCCCUCCCCAGGAAGAGGGCUGUGGCUCCUGGCAAAGGCAGCCCAGUUCUCACGCCCUUUGAAGUCUCAGGCUGGGCGACUGGGGGCAGGAGAGGCGCAGGCAGCUCAAAGGCCUUAUUCAUGGGGCAGCAAUGACGUGGAAGCUGAAGGCAGGGUGCCACUCACCCAGUGGCCUUGGUUCCUGGGGAGUCCUAGGCUUGCAUGGCUGGUUCAGGACCGAGGUCCCAGCACAGGCCUUGCUGUGGCUCUUGCGUGGUCCUCUUCUGGGACCCGUUUCUCUUUUGGGGGCUGUCCACCGGUGGGGCACCCCGUGUCUGGUUCCUCUACAUGGGGGUGGGGAGCUCGUGCUCGGCCAGGAACAGGCAAACAGUCCACCAGCAGGUAAAAGGGUUUCCCUGAAUCUACCAAAGCUGAAAGUAUGGCUCUGACCAGGUGGCGUCCCAGCAGCAAUGUUAGUGACAAAACGGGAGCCGCCCAGAUGCCCCGUGGCCAGUGCCUUGCCGACCACUGAGAGCAGCCAAGAGAGUGUCUCAGUGCUGAGUGAGGAGGGGCCCCGAGUCCUAUGGAUCAGGUUCUAAAAUGGAAAAAACGAUGGUCAGGGAGUGGCUGCUGCGCAGGAGGUGCCCCGGAGAGUCUGGUGUGGUCAUGUUAGUUUGACUGAUUAUGGAGUGCUGCAGUCCCGAGGGUGCUGGGUGAGGCAUGCACCAGCCUACUUGUUUAUAACUUGUGUACUGUCUCUCACAUACCAUGUGCUUCAAUAAAUAGCACCAACAGAGCCACAGAGGAGAAGGCCAUGUGAGUCCUGGGAAGGGAAGGGAGGAGGACACGGGGCAGGUGCGGGCCUUGCCCAUCUGGCAGGAGGAGAGACCCUGACAUACCAGCGCCUGUAGCAUACCAACCUCAUGGGCCCACCUCUGACUUCCCCCAAUCCCCAUGGUGGGGCCAGCCUGUCCACCCCACCCUCCUCUGAGGAGGGUUUGUCGUCAGCACCACGCACUCCUCAGUGAGAAAGUGCUGGGGGGCUGGCACACGGCUGCAGACAAAGGUCUGUCCUUGAAGUGGUUGCUGGCGCUGGGCCGGCUGUGGUGACCUUUCGCAGAGGAAAUGGGGGCUGUCAGGGAGCCCCCCCCCCCCCCACCUCCGCAUCCCAGGGAGAGGCCGCAGUGCGGUGAAGGGGCUGGGAGUCCUUGGGCGGCGUUGCCCUCAGCCGGCCUUUAACAUGAGUCAAGGGGAGGGUGGCUAGGGCCAGGGUGGGGGUUCCUGAGGCAAGAUUGGACGGCUUCAGGGAGGAGGUAAUGGUUUUGUGUCGGGCUUGGAAGAGGGUUGGAGGUCUCAGGCAGGUCUGCAGGCGCCCCCCACCCCGCACAUCGCCUGGAGCACCGGUUGGCUGAGCACCAAAGGCUGAGCAGGCCGGACUGCCUCGGUCUGACAGGCCUGGGCUCCGCCUGCGCCACCUGGUGGCGGACCUCGCUGCAGCCCGGCACACGCCCAUCAUGCGGCCGCCCUCAGGAGGAGGGACUCCGGGACGACUUUAAAGAUGCCAAGGAAGGCUCUGUUCUCCCUGGACCGCAGCCCACCACGGCCUGGUAAGGCAGGAGGUCCCCACGGGCCAGGAGGAAGCAAGCGGCCCAGAAAUGUCUGCCUGUGGGCAACCGCACCUCCAGGGAAGAGGCGGGGACGCAGACUGAGGGCAGAAGAGCGACGCUGCGCCCAGAGGGCUGGCCCCACGAGCUUAGGGGCCAUGCCUGGGCCAACAUUUGUCCAGCCAGGGAGGGGGGGUGUGUGAGGCCCCUCCCAGGGGAGCCAUGGGUUGAGCAGGACCCCGAGAGCAAGCACCCCUUCCUGCUCCCUGCGGGAUGAUGCCUGUGCUUGGCUCCCAGAGGCGGCUGCUGGGUUCCCUUAACUGCACGCCUCCAGCCACCUUCCCCCUCACGCUGGCCCCCAACCGGACGGGGCCCCAGUGCCUGGAGGUGUCCAUCCCUGACGGGCUCUUUCUCAGCCUGGGGCUAGUGAGUCUCGUGGAGAAUGUGCUGGUGGUGGCCGCCAUCGCCAAGAACCGCAACCUGCACUCCCCCAUGUACUACUUCAUCUGCUGCCUGGCCAUGUCCGACCUGCUGGUAAGUGUCAGCAAUGUGCUGGAGACAGCGGUCAUGCUGCUGCUGGAGGCUGGUGCCCUGGCCGCCCAGGCAGCUGUGGUGCAACAGCUGGACAAUGUCAUCGACGUGCUUAUCUGUGGCUCCAUGGUGUCCAGCCUCUGCUUCCUGGGCGCCAUCGCUGUGGACCGCUACAUCUCCAUCUUCUACGCCCUGCGGUACCACAGUGUCGUGACACUGCCCCGGGCGUGGCGGAUCAUUGCGGCCAUCUGGGUGGCCAGCAUCCUCACCAGCCUGCUCUUCAUCACCUACUACAACCACACGGUCGUCCUGCUGUGUCUUGUUGGCUUCUUCAUAGCCAUGCUGGCCCUCAUGGCCGUCCUCUACGUCCAUAUGCUGGCCCGGGCGUGCCAGCAUGCCCGGGGCAUUGCCCGGCUCCAGAAGAGGCAGCGCCCCAUCCAUCAGGGCUUCGACCUCAAGGGUGCUGCCACCCUCACCAUCCUGCUGGGCGUCUUUUUCCUCUGCUGGGGCCCCUUCUUCCUGCACCUCUCGCUCAUCGUCCUCUGCCCCCAGCAUCCCACCUGUGGCUGCAUCUUCAAGAACUUCAACCUCUUUCUGGCCCUCAUCAUUUGCAACGCCAUCGUGGACCCCCUCAUCUACGCCUUCCGCAGCCAGGAGCUCCGGAAGACGCUCCAAGAGGUGCUGCAGUGCUCCUGCUGUGGGAAGUGCCGCUCCAAGGACUUCAUGACCAGCACAGAAGGAGACAGAGCAUAUGCCCUACCCUCUUGCUGGGACAGGCUUGUGGAUGAAAAGCAGGGGUACCAGCCAGCCCUGCUGCCCCCUGGCCUGUCCCCCACCCCAGCAGCGCCACCUGAUUCUCACCAGCCCCGCCUUACGGUUGCGCGGAGCCCGGAGACCCGGUGGCGGAGGAAGGCGGCGCCGCCGCAGCGCGCGGUCGAGCGGGAAUGCGCGGCGCGGAUGCUUGCUGCAGCCGGUGCCGCAGUCUUCGGCGGCGCCCCGGGAUUGGCCGCGCGAGAUGACGCCGGGCCGGGCGAGGCGGGCGGGGCCCCGCCUAUAAGAGCGGGCGGCGGGGGCGGCCGAACCUCCGCAGCCAGCUGCAGCCGGUCCGCUCGCGUCUCGCAGCCGCCCGCCAUAGCACCGAGCAUGAGGGAGAUCGUGCACAUCCAGGCCGGCCAGUGCGGCAACCAGAUCGGGGCCAAGUUCUGGGAGGUCAUCAGCGAUGAACACGGGAUAGACCCCAGUGGCAAUUAUGUGGGCGACUCGGACCUGCAGCUGGAGCGCAUCAGUGUCUACUACAAUGAGGCCUCUUCACACAAAUAUGUGCCUCGGGCCAUCCUGGUGGACCUCGAGCCUGGAACCAUGGACAGCGUCCGGUCUGGGGCCUUUGGGCACCUCUUCAGGCCUGACAACUUCAUCUUUGGUCAGAGUGGGGCUGGCAACAACUGGGCCAAGGGCCAUUACACGGAGGGCGCCGAGCUGGUGGACUCGGUCCUGGAUGUGGUGCGGAAGGAGUGCGAAAACUGCGACUGCCUGCAGGGCUUCCAGCUGACCCACUCCCUGGGUGGCGGUACAGGCUCAGGCAUGGGCACACUGCUCAUCAGCAAGGUCCGCGAGGAGUACCCCGACCGCAUCAUGAACACCUUCAGCGUGGUGCCCUCGCCCAAGGUGUCGGACACGGUGGUGGAGCCCUACAACGCCACGCUGUCCAUCCACCAGCUGGUGGAGAACACGGACGAGACCUACUGCAUCGACAACGAGGCCCUGUAUGACAUCUGCUUCCGCACCCUCAAGCUGGCCACGCCCACCUACGGGGACCUCAACCACCUGGUGUCAGCAACCAUGAGCGGGGUCACCACCUCCCUGCGCUUCCCAGGCCAGCUCAACGCCGACCUGCGCAAGCUGGCCGUGAACAUGGUGCCCUUCCCACGCCUGCACUUCUUCAUGCCCGGCUUCGCCCCGCUCACUGCCCGCGGCAGCCAGCAGUACCGGGCGCUGACCGUCCCCGAGCUCACCCAGCAGAUGUUCGACGCCAAGAACAUGAUGGCGGCCUGUGACCCACGCCACGGCCGCUACCUGACCGUGGCCACUGUCUUCCGAGGGCGCAUGUCCAUGAAGGAGGUGGACGAGCAGAUGCUGGCCAUCCAGAGCAAGAACAGCAGCUACUUCGUGGAGUGGAUCCCCAACAAUGUGAAGGUGGCCGUGUGUGACAUCCCGCCCCGUGGGCUGAAGAUGUCCUCCACCUUCAUCGGCAACAGCACGGCCAUCCAGGAGCUGUUCAAGCGCAUCUCGGAGCAGUUCACGGCCAUGUUCCGGCGCAAGGCCUUCCUGCACUGGUACACGGGCGAGGGCAUGGACGAGAUGGAGUUCACCGAGGCCGAGAGCAACAUGAACGACCUGGUGUCCGAGUACCAGCAGUACCAGGAUGCCACGGCCGAGGAGGAGGGCGAGAUGUACGAAGAUGAUGAGGAGGAAUCUGAGGCCCAGGGCCCCAAGUGAAGCAGCUGAAGGGGUGGGACGCGGCUGCGGCCAGGACCAAGUGGUCUGUCCCCCGAGCCAUGUAGCCACUGACACACCCCCGAUCUCACCCCCACAAGGUUCAGUCAUGUCACCCUGGGGCUCCCGAGUGUUUGUCCUCCAGUAUUUACAGCACCCCUGCCCUGCGUGAGUUCUCUCAGCUAUCUUCCGCCUUAGGUCAAAUCCGUUUCCUGUCUCUGCUUUAUUGUUAGCUCCAGGCCUGAUGUUUCAUGUUUUUUGUUGUUUUUUUUUUUUACUGGUUUCUGUUUAUAUUUGGAGGGGGAUAUUUAAUAAAUUUAUUGCUG